AUGUCUUUCCGACUGCAUCUCGUCCGGCAUGCCGAGGGGACUCACAACCCCGAACACGACACAACGAUCCUCGACCCAGAACUGACAGAGAGGGGAGUCAAACAAUCCGAAGAGCUCAGUCGUAACUUUCCUUUCAGCGAGAGCGUGGGUCUGGUAAUUACGUCACCUCUCACGCGUACCAUCCGCACAGCACUGGUGGGAUUCCAAAAGACACUAGAUGAGAAAUACUACGCCAACAAGUGUGGAAUCCCAAACGGCGCAACAUUUCUUGUGGAGCCUGAUAUCCAGGCACACUCUGCCCGCCCCUGCGAUACAGGGUCCGAGUGGCCGGUUGUGCGAUCCCGGUUUCCCGAUCUGCCGUGGGACCUGGUUAACCAGGACCCUGCGUUCCCGGCCAAGACGGGACCGUAUGAGCCGGAACAGGAGAAAUUGGAGCGCAGGGGGCGUGCGGUGCAGGAGAGAUUGAGGACUCAAUUUAAGGAAUUGGAGGACACUGAUCGGCCGGACAUCGCUGUUGUGACCCAUGGAGGGUUUAUGUGGUUCGUUUCGAAUAACAAGGGCGUACCUGAUAUGGCGCACUAUCGUACCGUUCUGGUGAGCUUUGAUGAGGAGUCCAAGCUGAUCAUUGAGGAUGAGAUCACUCAGUGA